CACACACGCACACACACAUGACACAACACACCGUUUUCUAUUGCUAGGACAUAACCAAAUAAACACACUAAUAACUGAAGAUGGUGAAGUUCACAAUUGUUGUUAUCUUCUUGUUCUUUAUGUUUCCCAUUGCAUUUGCUGAUCUUAGGGUUGGAUUCUAUAGCUCUAGCUGCCCAAGAGCAGAGCAAAUUGUGGGUCAAGUUGUUCAGAGGAGAUUCAACCGUGAUAGAUCUAUUACUGCUGCCUUGCUUCGCAUGCACUUCCAUGACUGCUUUGUCAGAGGCUGUGACGCGUCCAUAUUAAUAGACUCAACCAGGGGCAAUCAAUCUGAAAAAGCUGCAGGAGCAAACGGCACCGUUCGGGGAUACGAGCUAAUAGACGAAAUAAAAAAAGCCUUAGAAAGAGAAUGUCCAUCAACGGUUUCAUGCGCCGAUAUAAUCACCCUGGCCACACGUGAUUCCGUGGUCCUAGCAGGUGGGCUCAAAUACGACGUCGCAACGGGAAGGCGUGACGGACACGUGUCGCAAUCCUCCGAAGUGAACCUGCCGGGGCCACGAUCCACUGUGUCGCGGGUGUUGGAAGUCUUCAGCGCAAACGGCAUGUCGUUGGACGAAAUGGUUACUCUCUUGGGGGCCCACACCGUAGGUUUUACGCACUGCAGUUUCUUCCGAGACAGGCUCAACGACCCCAACAUGGACCCUUCUUUGCGGGCCGGGUUGGGCCGGACUUGCAACAGGCCCAACAGUGACCCAAGGGCGUUUUUGGACCAAAACGUGUCGUCGUCGAUGGUGUUCGACAAUGCGUUUUACAAGCAGAUUGUUCUGAGGAGAGGGGUGCUUUUCAUCGACCAGCAAUUGGCCUUGGACACUUUGUCGAAAGGGUUGGUCACAGUUUUUGCGGGGAAUAAUGCGGCUUUUCAAAGGAGUUUUGCAGAUGCUAUGGUGAAGAUGGGGAACAUUAAGGUUUUGGUAGGGAAUGAGGGAGAGAUUAGGAGAAAUUGUAGGGUUUUUAACAGUGCUUCCUAAUAAUCACAGAAUGAUUUCAUUGGUGUUUCAAUUGAGAUUAAUUGCUCAUAUAUGUGUUAAUGUGCACUACUUGUGCAGGGAUUUUGAUUUGAAUAAAAAUGCAUUCAUAUCA